GUCACUGCACUCUACGCAAUUGUAGAAUAGCCUGUAUGCAGAAGUUUGUGCGGGGCUCUAACCCCACUUUAUUAUUUGUACGUAAUUUUAUAAAAUCCGAAUAUUAAAUUAUUAAGUGUUCUCUUCCUUAUUUUUAUUAUAAGUUUUUGACAUAAAAAGUAUAAUAAAUAUACAUGAAAUUGUACAUUAUUUGAGGUAGUUAUGUUUUAAUUGAUCUAUUAACUACUCGUAUAUAGUAAACAAUCGAGAAUAAGCGUGUAGUGAAAAUGUCAUCCGAACCAUUAGCGAUAGUCCAGUCAAAAUUUGUGUCGGGUGAAACUGUGGUAACUGCUACGGAAGCAUCGUUGAUACAAGGCUGGAUACAGUCUUCGAGAUAUAUAGCUCUUAUUUACAAAGGUACAACUCAUGCCCUAGCAAUCUUUCUAACUUCAAGAACACCACCGCAAGUAUACAGCGAUCUCACCCUGGAAGGAAUAUUACCUAUUGAUCAAGAUUUCAAAUGUAGUAUAGAUACCAAUGGAGAAGCACAGGAUGGUCUUGAUAUAUAUAUGAAUAUUACAUCAAGAAAACUUCGUUUGAUAUUUGAAAUGAAACUUGGAGAAGCAACUAGUUCUUUAGUAUCAGAGUUAUUUCGAGCAAUAGAAGUAUAUCAAAUGGCUAAAAGCCCAGCAUCAGAAUUUUCUUGGAUUGAAAAGCUAACGAAAAGUACGAGAAAUUUAGCUACUGGAGGAAAAGAUAUACAGGAUACUGCUGAUUCUCUACUCAAUCUUGAGAAUCAUGAUUUAGCUAUACCGAGACAAAGCAUUGCCUCGGGUAGAUCCCCAGUGGCUGCAAGAGAAUCAGUGGUACGAUAUCAGAUGGCUUGUAAGGAAGAUGAUUAUACAUAUAGUAAAACAUUUCGUAUACUGACUUGCUCAUGGAACGUAAAUGGACAACCCCCAAAUGGUAUUAAAUUAGAUCAGUGGUUGAGCGCGGAUGAAGUACCACCAGACAUAUAUGCUAUCGGAUUCCAGGAAUUAGAUUUGAGCAAAGAAGCAUUUUUAUUUCAUGAAACUCCUAGAGAAGAAGAAUGGAGACAAGUUAUAGUCAAGUCGCUUCAUCCUGGAGGUGUUUAUACACAAGUCGCUCUCGUGAGAUUGGUGGGCAUAAUGUUAUUAGUAUAUACGCUUGAAGCUCAUGUACCAUUUAUCGAGAAUGUGUGCACUGACACAGUAGGAACGGGAAUUAUGGGAAAAUUGGGCAAUAAAGGUGGCGUUGCAGUAAGUUGUUGUAUUCACAACACAGCCGUUUGCUUUGUUAACGCUCAUUUGGCUGCACAUUGUGAAGAAUUUGAACGACGAAAUCAGGAUUAUGCUGAUAUUUGUGCGAGAUUGUCUUUCACGAAAUACGUGCCGCCUAAAAGUUUUAAGGAUCACGACCAGAUUUAUUGGUUGGGAGAUUUGAAUUAUCGGAUAACGGAUAUGGAUCCUGCGACAGCUAAGCAGUUCAUUUCAGAAAACAACUACGUUCCCGUUCUAGCGUUCGACCAACUUGGACACCAACGUAAAGCGGGACGUGUGUUUCAAGGAUUUCAGGAGGCCGAGAUUGAUUUUAAGCCUACGUAUAAAUAUGAUCCAGGUACCGACAACUGGGAUUCAAGUGAGAAAUGCAGAGCUCCAGCUUGGUGUGAUCGAAUAUUGUGGAAGGGAGAUAUGAUCAAGUCAGUUAACUACAAAAGUUACCCGGAGUUAAAAAUAUCUGAUCACAAACCUGUUAGCGCGAGUUUUGAUUCUCAGAUACGUAUUAUAGAUACAGCUAAGUAUCGUAAGAUUCACGAGGAAGUUAUGAAGAAGCUAGAUAAAUUAGAGAAUGAAUUCUUACCUCAAGUAAUGGUUGAUACUACGGAUAUUAUAUUUGAUACUUUGAGAUUUCUUGAACCUAGCAGUAAGGAACUUAUUAUUGCUAAUACAGGCCAGGUACCAGUGCAAUUUGAAUUUAUAAAAAAGUUGGACGAUACAAACUAUUGCAAGGAUUGGUUACACAUAGAACCAUAUACAGGUUUUAUAAAACCAGGUGAAAAAUGCGAUAUUAAACUGGAGGUGUAUGUAGACAAAAGGACUGCAUGUAAAUUAAAUUCCGGUGAAGAUAAGUUAUAUGAUAUUUUAGUAUUACAUCUCGAGGGAGGCAAAGAUAUUUUUAUUACUGUGACAGGUACUUAUGAGAGAAGUUGUUUUGGCUCCUCCAUGGAAGCGUUGGUCCACAUUUCCGUUCCAAUUAGAGAAAUUCCAGUUGGGCGAUUAGUCGAAUUGGAAAAUAAUAAGAACCUUUCGCAAGAACCAUAUCCAGUGCCGAAAGAAAUCUGGCAUUUAGUGGACAGACUGUAUCGACAUGGUCUUAAAACACCAGGGCUUUUUGAAACACCAGGUCUUCAUAGUGAGAUAGUAGCUAUUCGUGAUUGGCUAGAUGAAUGUAGUCAAGAUUCCAUGCCUGGUGGUGUACAUUCAGUAGCGGAAGCAUUACUGCUGCUUUUAGAAUCUACUGCUGAACCCUUGAUACCAUAUAAUCUACAUAAUGUUUGUUUAUCUGCAGCAACCAAUUACUUACAAUGCAAACAAAUCGUUAUGCAACUACCCGAGACUAGACGAACUGUUUUUCUCUAUAUCAGCUCGUUUUUACAGGAACUGUUAAGUCAUACGCAGGAUAACGAACUCGAUGCUAAGACUCUCGCGACGCUGUUUGGAUCGAUAUUUUUAAGAGACCCGCCGAGAAGCAGAGACGAUCGCCAUCAAAGAAGUCGCGCUACUCAAAUCACUUUUGAUAAGAAGAAAGCUGCGUUCGUCUAUCAUUUCUUAGUCAACGAUCAAAGCGAUUUUAUAUUGGGUCGAUAAUGAACAAUUUCAACACUUAAAGUUUCUAACACUAGCGGCACUACGCGAAUUUUUUAUUUACAUACACAUUUUAAAAUAGAGGAGAUAAAAUAGAUAAAUCAAUCUUAUUGCAAAUAUUUUCACGCUUUUUAUAAUAACACAGAGGAUAUAGGACACAUGCUUUUUUAUUCGUCACAAUAAAAACACUAUUUUGAAAGUUGCAUAGAUAUGACUUCAAUAAGUAUCUGUCAUAAAUAGUCGAUGAAAUUUUGUAUAAAUAUUAUAUAAUUGAUUAUUAAAAAUAAUUAUUUAUCAAAUGCGCGUGAAAGAUAUUACAAAUCGUUUAACUAAUGGUUGUGCUAAAUUUUCUAAUAUUUAUUUUAACAGAUAAAUGUACCCUUAAAAAAUAUUAGUAAUAAUAAUUAACAGGGGAGGUCACAGUUUUUCUUGUUCUAUUUUGAUGAGCUUUAACAUGGUAAGUCUACAUUGAAGAAAAAGUUGAUCCAUGUUUGAGCUUUUCAUCCAAUGCACUUUAGAAACAUUUUGAUAACAAUUGAUAAUGUAAUUUGUAAGACGUGAAGAAAAGCCCAUUGUUACGCAUUUUGGACCUUUAAGAUUUAUUUUUUUUCAAUGUAGAUUUAUUAUAUUAAAGCUCAUCAAAAUUGGAGAAGAGUGAACUGUGAUUUCUUCUUGUAACUUGUAAGUCUUAAGGCCUAAACACAAUGCUAGGCAACAGGCAAUAGGAACAGGAAAUAAAGAAAGAGAGCAGAAGAUCCUUUCUCUCUUUCAUUAUUUCUGUUCCUAUUGCCUGUUGCCUGGCAUUGUGUUUAAGCCUUUGCAGUUGACAUUUUCUCUACAAAAUACUUUGAAUACAUACACACACACACACACACACACACACACACACACAUAUAUAUAUAUAUAUAUAUAAUCGUAUGCAAUAGAUUUUUGUAGACGAAUAUCGCAAUGAUGAAAUAAAAUCUAAAUAUAAGCAA